CAUUCUCUGCUCGCUCCGCGCAAAGGAGCCGUGAAGAAGCAGCCGCUCUUCCGUUCUUCCUUCAGCGGCUAAUCGAGCUGCCAGCGUUCCGGCCGAACCCGCUCCACCAUGCCGGUGGCGGUGACCAUGGGCGACAACUUCGACAGGCUGCUGGAUCAGUGCGAGACUCAGGAGUUAGAGGCUCCUGGUGGCAUUGCGACUCCACAGGUUUACUCCCAGUUACUGGCUCUGUAUCUUCUCCACAACGACAUGAACAAUGCCAGAUACCUCUGGAAGCGAAUUCCACAGGCAAUCAAAGCGGCAAACCCAGAACUGGCGGCUAUUUGGGCUGUAGGGCAGCGAAUUUGGCAGCGGGACUUCCCAGGAAUCUACAGCGCGAUUGCUGCCUACCAGUGGUCUGAAACCAUUCUCCCUGUAAUGGAGUCUCUAAGAGAGUCCACACGCAGGAGGGCGUAUGGCCUCGUAGCCCAAGCUUACACCUCAAUCAGUGCAGAGGAUUUCGCCUCUUUUGUUGGGUACUCAGUUGAAGAGGCUGUGAAGGGUGUGGUCAGUCACGGGUGGCAGGCGGAUCCCAACACGCGGAUGAUAAUGCCGCAGAAACCAGAUCCACCCCCAGUCUCUUUGGUUCCAAACGAACAGCAGCUGGCUAGACUCACUGACUACGUGGCUUUUCUUGAAAACUGAUAAAUCCCACUCUCUCCCUAUUCUCUCAUACUCUCAACUAGUCAAUCGUAUGGAGGACAGAAGUACGUUCAUCCUGUUCUUGGCCGAGAUGUUUGCUCUAAAGCAGCCCCAUCCAGGCUGAAGAUGGGAUCUCCUCACUCCUCUGCGUAUGCAUUGUUUUUUGAAGCUUAGAUUAAAAGAAAACAUCCUUACCCCACAGUUCCCAUAGAAGGCUGAAAUAUGCAGUGAGCCUUUUAAUAACAGUUUGUGCAUCUUGACCAUCAUUAGAUGUUCCACGUAAGUUUCUUGUGGGUAUUUUGAUGAAUCAAGUAAUUUGUGGGAUCCAAUAAAUGUAAAUAUUUUGGUCAAAGUAAUGCUACCCAA